AUGGCCGAGAACCUCUCCGUCGCGAUCCGUGGCUCCACGGGAUUGCGCUUGGGACAACCUGGUGCGGUGAAGCCAUUUCCGCCGGACGAUCUACGGCCCUUGAAGGAUCGCCCGUGUCGUGUCUUCGAAUACAGCAAUGGCGGCCGUUUCUUUUUAUAUUGUGAUACCACCAAAACCGAGUUAAUCGAUCUGGACACAAACAAGGUGGUGGUCACGCUGGAUCUCAAACGUACGAUGAGUAUCGCCUUCUCGCCAAAGGACACAUACUUUAUGCUCUGGGAGCCGUACGUUACCUAUGCUGGCGAGGGCCAAAGUCAAACCCCUGACCCGAAUCUCCGAAUUUUUAACACGAACGACGGCUCGCCGGUGACUGCCUUGAUUUCACACAAACAGGCGACGUGGAAGCCGGUGUUUUCUGAAGAUGAAAAGGUGAUGAUCCGACAGGCCGGCAGCGAAAUUUUGGUUCAUCAAGGCAUCGGCGAAGAACUUUUCUCGAAAUUUGUCUUCAAGAAGAGCUUCCCGAAAUUUGACAACUACGCCCUUUCCCCGAACGGCCAAUACAUUGCCAUCUUCACCCCACCUCAGGGCGCGGCUGCUGGUAACGUUCAUGUCUGCCGGGUCGACCCCAAGUUUUCCGUCGUUAACACCAAGAAUUUUUUCAACGGCGAUAAGACGGUGCUGUUCUGGAAUAGCAAAAGUACGGCGGUGUUGAUUUUGGCCCAUGUGGAGGUGGAUUCGACCAACAAGUCUUACUAUGGCCAAUCGUAUUUAUAUUUGAUCAACGUCAUGACGGGUGACUCGUGUCCGAUUAAUCUGGGUAAAAAUGGGCCUGUUUACGCCGUUCGAUGGAGCCCGAAAGGGACUGAGUUUGCUGUGUGCUACGGAUAUAUGCCUGCUAAGGUAACAUUCUACAAUUUCCGUGGGGACCCUGUUUUCGACUUGCAAGAAGGACCCCGUAACGAUAUCCACUACAAUGUGUUCGGCAACAUCUUGCUGGUCUGUGGUUUCGGCAACCUCUCGCUGGGAAAAAUGGAAUUUUGGGAUACCGAGAAGCGGAAGCUCAUCAUCUCGAUAGAGGUGCCGAAUACUACGUAUUUUGAAUGGGCACCCGAUGGUCGCCACUUCCUGACGGCCACUACUACACCCCGGCUACGCAUUGAUAACAAUUACCGUUUGUGGCACUACAGCGGAAAGCUUCUUCAAGAGUGCCUCUAUGAUUCGCCCAAUGAGGAGCUAUGGCAGGCCCAAUUCCGUCCGUGGCCGAAGAGCAGCCUCUAUGAAUUCAACGUGCAACCGCUCACCUCGGACCAGAAGAUGCAGGCGGGCCUUUUGCUGAAAAAGACCAACGGUGAUCAGCAAGCGACCCUCAUUGCUGCCGGUGCCGUCAAGAAGGCCGGCGCAUACGUGCCCCCGCAUUUGAGGAAUGGGAAUGGUGCCAAGGCCGCCGCUCCUCCUGCUGCGGGUGGGACCAAGGUACAGCAAGUGCUCAGCGAAGCAGAAAAGAAGAUCCGCGCACUUCAGAAAAAGGUAGACGAUAUUGCAAAACUGAAGGAGAAGCGCGAUCGUGGCGAGACGCUUCAGAUUAAUCAGAUUGAGAAGAUUGAGAAGGAGGACGAACUGGUGGCUUCCCUCGAGGCCCUCAAACUGUCAGCCGGCGCG